AUGCAGGGACUCUCAAAGGAUCUGAAGCUGUACACCAGCGGCCAUCGCGGCCGUCCUGCACUCAUCUACGAGCCGAGGAUGAACCUUGUUUCGCCUUCCCUUGUGAAACUCUUCGAGGCGUGUAACUGUGAUACGGAGACGACAGCCUUUCUCGUCCGGUAUCGAAAUAUCAGCUUGUGGAAGCUGUUGUUGGCAGACCUCCUCUCUAUCUUUUUCUCGCGCACCACCGCGCACGGCUUUGUGGGACGUGGUACGAUGUUUGUGUACUCGACCGAGCAGAUCCGGCGCUUACUGCGACCGCCGCAGACGCCGCCCACGUCCCCGCUGCCGCAGGACUUCCAGUUCGACAGCCUCCUCGACAUUGGUGCUGGCGAAGGCGGCGUGACGUCGAAGAUCGCUCCUCUCUUCAAAACAGUGUACACGACGGAGUUUUCGGCAUCGAUGCGGUGGCGGCUGCGUCGCCGGGGCUACGAGGUGCUGCCGCAUGAUGACCCCUUUCAUAUAAACACCGCGGGGAAGCUGCAGGAGCGCCGCUAUUUUGAUGUCAUCGCGUGCAACAACGUGCUCGAUCGCGCCGACACGCCACGGACGCUGCUGCUGGAGAUACGAGACUCGCUCAAGCCAAAUGGCUUCCUGGUGCUCGCGGUUGUUCUUCCUUGGUGCCCAUUCGUCGAGAAUGGCCCGCGGCAGCAGAGGCCCAACGAAGUUCUCCCAAUGGAGGGCGGAGAGUGCUGCCGUGGCGCUUCCUUCGAGGCGUCCAUGUCGAAGCUGGUCGAGAAUGUGCUGGUGCCGAUGGGCUUCGAGCUGAUUCGCUGGACGAGGCUCCCCUACCUAUGUGAGGGCAACCUCCGCCUUGAGUAUGCCGUGCUAAACGAUGCCGUGCUCAUCCUGCGUAAGAGAGGGGAUAUCACGAGUUUAAAGUAA